UAAAAUCUAGCUAUAUUUUAGUUUACCGCCACACUGAAUUAAUAAAUUACAAAUGGAGAAUUGCAAAUUUGUAAAUAAAUAAAUUUUAAAAAUAGUAAAAUACCAGCCACCACUGUCGCUAGGUUGAGGAGGGCAAAGCAAAAGUUAGUUGCGGUUACAAAGACAGAAGGGCUGCCUGAAUGAAAAGUCGGCCCUUAAUCAGGCCCACAGUAACAUGACCACCAAAGAUUAGAUAAUUUUACGGUGAGUAAACCAUUCGUUGACCCAAUCCAUGCGUUAUUGGUGUAGGUAUUAAUGGCGUUGACGAAACUUUUUAUAACCCCCUUCAUCUUCCUUGUUGGGGUCGAUUCACUACUCUUUAUAUUUGUCUAUUCCUUCUCAAGCAACCCGUCUCUUCAGUACUAACAGAUGCUUUCGCAGUCUUGUGGUCACUUUCUGUUUAUCUUCUGAUUCUGUUUUCUUGGAAAACACUCAUCAUCUAACCAUCCGAAUUCUCUAAGAUAUGGACAGAAUCAGUGAGUUGCCUGAUGAACUGCUUGUUAAGAUAUUAAUGUCUGUUCCGACAAAAGUUGCUGUGUCCACAAGCAUCUUGUCGAAACGGUGGGAGUAUCUUUGGAUGUGGUUGACUAAACUCGAGUAUCUUCAUAGAGACCAUUGUUCAGAGCCUGGAUGCAAGAGGCUACAAAGUUUUCUCGACAGAAACCUGCCACUACAUAGAGCUCCGGUUAUAGAAAGCUUCCGUCUCGAAUUAUGUAGUUCGCAUUUUAAACCUGAGAACAUCAGUACGUGGGUUUCAACAGCAGUUUCUCACUGCCUACGUGAGCUGGAUAUCUUACAUGACGACACCGAACCGGCUAUGUCAAACAUACUGCCGAGUAACUUGUUCACUUGCAAAUCGCUCGUGGUCUUGAAACUGGUUGGUGAGAUCCUCUUGGAUGUUCCUCGAGUGGUCGCUCUUCCCUCUCUCAAAACUCUGAAAAUUCAAAGUGUGAGAUACUUCGAUGAAGAAACUCUUCAACGGCUUCUUUCAAAUUGCCCCAUUCUUGAAGAUCUAGUGGUGGAUUUACGUGAUUAUGAUUAUGAAUCUGCGGGACAGUUGACUGUUGCUGUUCCAAAUUUGCAGAGUUUGUCACUAUACAUACCCUAUUGUCAGGAUCUAGAUGGGUUUGUGAUAGAAACUCCUAAUUUAAAGUAUUUCAAACUUAUGGAUCAUAGUAUUAGUGGUCACUACUGUUUGAUUGAGAAGAUGCCUUGUCUGAUCGAGGCAUAUCUAGAGGUUAAUCUUCCUGAUAUGAAGAGUCUUAUUGGAUCAAUCACAUCUGUCAAGCGUCUUACAAUAUGUUCAGAGGGUAUUAUGAUGCUUGGUGAAGGUUUUGUCUUCAACCAACUUGAACAUCUGGAGGUGUGUUUUUGCACACUGUUUUCCUCGGAUCUAGUUAUCGAGCUACUGCUCAAAGCUUCUUCCAACUUGAAGAGACUAGGCUUUUCCUUCAUGGAACAUCAUGUUCCUCAAGGUAUGGUUUACUGGAAUCAACCAACCACUGUUCCUGAAUGUGUAUUGUCGAGUCUAGAAAGUUUCAGCUGGUCGAAAUAUACAGGAGAACCAGAAGAGAGGGAUAUUGUGGUUUACAUUCUGAAACAUGCUCUUCACUUAAAGACUGCGACAAUCAAGUCAUAUGGAUCAGAUGUUUGGAAACUUGAGAUGUUAAAGGAGUUGGAACUUUCUCCUAGAGCUUCAGCUACAUGCCAACUCUUGUUUGAUUGAAUAUUUUGAUCUUUAAAAUUGGUCUUGUUAUUUCAAUUUCUUGUAUUUGCUCGGACUCAUUUCGUUUCUCUUCAACUCUGAAAUCUUGAUAUUCUACAUAAAUUUUCUUUCUAUAUGUUAAGAGUUAAAUUUUAUUUUAUUGAAACUA